UCGAUGCACCAAUGCCCAUCCAAAUCUAGCAAUCAUAAUUCAAGAUGAUCAAUUCCUUGUUUACGAGUAAUUGACAGAAUGUGUUGGAUUAUUUUCUUCUCUUUAAAAUGGAGGAUACAAUUGAUUUGUCAAAUGAACCAAUUCUUUAUGAAUUGUUAGAAUACUUUAUUCGAAAACAAGAACCAGAAUUAAUAAAAUUCAAAAAUGACACUGUUACCUUACCAACUGCUGGGAUAAUAAAAAAUAUAUUAAGAUAUCAUAAUAAUAGGUAUUCCUUACCAGAAAAUAUUAUAUCUCAACAAAUUAAUUUAACAUUACCAUGGAAAAUUGCAAUAGGAGACUAUGGUCGCUUAUUAGCUGUAUUACAAGAAAAUGUUAUAGAAAUCCGGAAAGCAAAGGAUGAAUAUUCAUCAAUUAUUGGCAAAGCCUCUGUUCCAAAAGAUGCCUUGCCGCAAUGGCGGAAACUAGCAUGGAGUCCAGAUGGAACAAUUUUAGUUCUAGCAUCUAGUAAUGGAUAUAUAUCAUUUUAUAAUUCAUUAGGAAAUAAUAUCUUUAAUAUAAAUUCAAAAACAACAUCACCAAACCCUCAUAUAUUAGAGACUGGAGAUGCAAUAGCAUCUAUGAUAUUUCAUAAUCCAGGAUCACAAAAUGAAAAAUGGUCUUAUGAAUUUAUAUUAAUUACAUACAGUGGCCUUUUAAAAUCUUAUCAUAUAUCUUUAUCCAAUGGCUAUAAUUUUAUUUAUGAAUUUUCUUUUGGUAACUUUUAUAAAAGUGGAGUUAAUGCAGUUGCAUAUGACGAAGAACAUUCCUUACUUUAUGUUGCUGGUAAUGCAAUCACACAAAAGUUAACAUCUACAGCAUCAGAAAGCGGAUUAACUUCAUGGAGAUUGCUAAAUGAUUAUCCAUACUGUAAAUUAUCAGCAACUUUUAAUGAAAAUGCUGAAACUACGUCAAGAUUUUCUCUAUGGAAUUUUAUACCCACUGUACAUUUUCGAGUAGAAUCAAUAAUAUUUAAUAUACAAAUAUCUCCAAACAAUAAGUCAUUAAUAUGCUUACAUACAGAUGGAUCUGUCUCACUUUGGAGAUUACCUAAUUUAGUACUACAAAAUAAAUGGAAAUUGCAAGAACAACCGGGUUACAAUAUAACUAAUCCAUUAAGACUUAUAAAAUUUAAAAAAUUUCCAUUUAGUUUCACAGAAUUUCAUCCUAUAGAUGUAGGCUGGUGGUCUGACCAGGCCAUUAUUAUAGCAAGAUAUACAGGAUCUAUUUCAGUAUGUUCAAUUAAAAAUUUAAAUAAUCUAUUGGGAUCAAGCCCAGAAUUUUUAGCUGGUCAACCACAAAUUUGUGAAUUAGGUCCAAAUCGUGGAUUCUUAUGCUUAGAUUGUGAAUCUUAUAUGAUAAGUAAGAAACGGAAUAGGGAAUCUAAUACCGAAGGUCAACUUUUAGAAGCAUCAUCAGAAAGUGAAAAAGAAAGUGAUGAACUGGAACAUAUUACUAUUUUAAAUUAUACUACGGAUUUAGUACAAAGUACUUUAUAUUCGAUUACUGAUAUGGAAAGAUUUCAACCAAAAAGAAAACGCUCAAAAGUUUUAUAUAGAACUUAUAGAAUUUUAGGACUCAAAAGUACCACUCCAGAAGAAUUGUAUACUAGAAAAAUAGAUAUUGAGGAAUAUGAAGAGGCUUUAAUUCUUGCUAAUACAUAUAAUUUAGAUACCGAUCUUGUAUAUCAAACACAGUGGCGAAAAUCUCAGUUAUCAUUAAAUGCUAUUCAUGAACAUUUAAGUAAAGUUACUAAGAGAUCUUGGGUUUUAAAUGAAUGUGUUACUCGCGUACCAGAUACCAUUGAAGCAGCACGAGAAUUGUUAGAUUUUGGAUUAAAGGGCGCUAAUUUAGAAACAUUAUUGGCCAUUGGUGAAUGUGAUGAUGGAAAAUUUGUAUUAGCUGAUACUUUUGAUGAUGAUGAUGCUAAAUUGGAUUCAGAAAGUAAUUUAAAACAGAUUCAAAGAAUAAACAAAAUCAUUGAGUCCAUUAAUGUUAAUAAUUUAUCAGAAGCACAAAAAGAUUUAAUUAAAUAUAGGAGAUCACUUUUAAAUCAUUUAGAUAAAUUGCUUACUUAUGAAAUUAUUCUUGGACCUUCUCUUCCAUAUAAUAAAAAUUUUUAUGAGGAAUUCAGACAACUUUCUGUCAUUGAAAAUGCUAUAAGAUUUGCCAAAGACAGUGACUGUAGAGCAGUAGAAAUUAUGUUUACUUAUUAUGGUAAUAUAUUGUUACCACAUUGGUUAGCUAUCAUAAGUUUUUUCCCAGAAACGUUAAACCCAUUAAAUUAUCAAAAGCUGCUACCACAUUGUGAUUUAGAAGGACAACUAUAUUUACCAGAUCAAUGUGAAUUACGUCAAAAAGAUUGGUCUGAAAGAAAAAUUUUUGAUAAAAUAAUAAACUUAGUAGAAGAUGACCAAUCUCAAUUACUUUAUGAAACGGACCCAUCAUUGGAUAUUUAUAAAAAUGUACUACUUACACCAGACUUAUUGCAAAAAUGGUAUAGAUGUAGAGUAUAUGAAAUUGAGAAGACUAGUUAUAUGAUAGACAAUGCAUUAGAAUUAGUCAGAAUAGGAAAAAAUCAUAAUAUUAAAAAUUUAGAAGAUUUGUUAGUAGAUUUAGAAACAUUAGAUGAUUUAGUUUAUAAAGUUUAUCUGGAUGAUAUGUGUUUAAAUAAAUUAGAGAAAUUAAACGAUCUAGAAAAGAUUAAAUUACUAAUGACAGGAUCAGAAGAAAGUAAUUUUGUCUGUAAUAUACAAAAUCUUGUAAUACCAUUUAUAAAGAGAAGGAAUAAGUAUUCCGAAAAAAAUGCUGAUGAAAAUUUACUGCAUAAUUACUUGGUCUCCAUAAGUAAACAUGAUCUUAGAUUACCUGUUAAGCUCUUUGAAUACUUAAAACAAUCUGGUGAAACAGAUAUAACAUUGAUAAUGAAAGAUGUUGUGACAGUAGCUUUAGAUUGCAUUUAUGCAUGUAAUGAUUUAGAUAUGUAUCCAAAAGCAAAAUAUAUCUUAGAUACUAUAUCAAAAGAUCAAUAUCGUAAAGGAAAAUAUAACAGUUCGUUUGAAGAACUUGAACGAGAAUUCGAAGGUAUGAAAAUUUUAAAUAAAUAUGGAGUUAGAACAACAAUCAAUUCUUUGCAUAAUAAUAAAAGCAAUCCUGAUGCUAUAAAAUUACUUUUAACACAAAUGGCAAGAAGUUUAAACAAAUUAACACCACAUCCGGAUGAAAAACAAUGGGUCCAAUUAUUAAAUCAAAUGUUAGAAAUUCAUGACAUGUUAUUUACAUGUAUCAAUAUUGAAAUAUGUUUUGAAAUUUGUGUAUCUGCUAAAUUAAUGUCAGGAGAUAAAUCUAAUAUUCAAACUUGCAGUUCACUAAUAGAAACAACAAAAAAAGAAGAAUCGUUACUUAAAGUUUCAUAUAACAAAGCUGUUAGUCUUAUAAUAGAAGCUAGUAAAGAAUAUUUUAACAGUUCCAAAAGUCUUACUGAUCCAAAUAUGGAAUUAGCCAAGACUUGCUUGCACUUAAUUCUUGAUGAUAAUUAUAUUAUCAGAGAAGAAUAUGAUUUGAUUAACUCACUUCAAAUUUUGAAUGAAUUUAAUGUAGAUAUGUUACCACUUCAAGUGCGAUCAACGCAAGAUAAAUUAAAAUUAAUAGAAGAUUGUUUAAAUAAACGCGAAGACGCUUAUAAAAGUCGUCAUCGAUUAUUAAUGUUGGCAAAUUAUCUACAUAUUGAAAAAAAUAAUACUAGGCUGCGUGAAGGAAAAGUUUUAGAACUUGUGGCCAAAAAAGCAUUACAGGUUCACGAUUAUACUACUUGUGCGGCUACUUGCCAACAAUUGAUGCAAAUUAAUUAUGUUCCUAUAUGGGCAGUGGUAUUUGAACUAGGAUGUACUGAAAAUUUUCGAGAUUUACAAACUCGUAGGAAAUGUUUAUGGUUCGCUAUAAAUAAUGGUCCUAAUGAUAUAUUAAUUAAAGCUUUAGAAUAUGCACAUUUAAUUGAAGUGCAAAUAUUACAUGAAAAUUUGCAGUUAUGGAUGCCUAAUAUAUCUGAAGAUCUUGAUGAGAUUGAAAGUGAAGAUGAAUUUAUAGAUGCUAUGAGUACACCUCAAGUAGAAAGAAAAGAAUUUAUUCCUAAAGUGUUUGAAACAUCAACCGAAAUUGUAAAAACUUCUGCAAAUAUUAUAAAAAAUUCAACAUACAGAUUAAUAAAAAAUAUAGGAAAUACAGAUUUUUGGAAGUCAAGAUUAAAGUUUAAUUUUAGUAAUUCAUUACAUAAAGAAACACAAGAUGAAAAUGAAACUAAUGAUAAUGAAAAUAUAAAUAUUCAAAGUUUCCCUUGUUUUUAUGAAACUUUACAUAAAAAUGAAAGGACCAGUAAUCUUGAUACAAAAUACAUAAAUUAUUCCAUGCCAGAAGUGCAAAAUACUAAAUUAAAAUUAUGUAGAGCAUUAUUAAGAAUAAGUUUAUUGACUGAAACUUCUUGUGGCGGUCAAGAAAUAAAUGACAUUAAUCAUUUACUUUUAGAAUGUGCAAAACAUACUAUUCAUGAAGAUUGGUUGCUAAGUGUAGCAUAUUUGUUGAGUUUAAAUAAAACUUAUAUAUCGGAUAUUCAAUCUAUUUUUAUGAAUCUUCCAAGGAAUGGAUUAUGCAUAGAAACAGUUAUUUAUUACUAUUCUUUAGAAUUUCAUAAAAAAUUAUCUAAUAAUAUCGAAAUGCUAUAUAUGUAUGAUCCAUUAAGUUUAAUUAGCAAAGCACUAAUGCUUGCAACAAAUAGUGAUGAAUGUGACAUACGAAAAGCAUUAUUUCAUUGUAAAUCUUACUUAAUAGAUGAUAAAAAACUCACAAAUAUGUUGUCAAUAAAUUCGAAUGAAGAUACAGAUAAUGAAAAAUUAAAUAUUCCUGAAAAUAGCGAAAAUAUAGACGAACAAAGAAAUAUAGAAUAUAAUAAUGAAGAAGUAACAAUACUAGAUUCGACAAAAGAUGAAGAAGUAUCAUCUGUAUUGUUUGAUUAUAAAGAUGAUGAAUGGGCAGAUGAUUGGAGUAAUUUUUCUGAUGCCAAUCUAGAUGAAACUGUAAGUAGUAUCACACAACAAGAAGUUAUAGUUGAAGAUAAAAUUAAUACAGAAGAAAAACGUUUCAAAAUUUUCACGGAAAUAUAUAUUGAAAUAAAAAAUAUACAAGAUUACGAGAAAGUUAAGAAUAUCUUGUUGACCUGGCCAGCCUUUAUCAAGUCUGAAUUUACUACAGUUGAUAUGCAUCCAAUAUUACGAAUGAUAAAAAUAAUUCGUACAUGUAUCAUAGUCAAGGAUACUGUCGAACAUGAAGAUCAGAUAUUACAAGAAUAUAAAGAUCUCGUUACAAUGAUAUCUGAAACAAAUAUACUCAGGGAAUUUUUAAAACAAGAACAUGAUAAUAUUCCUCUUAAUCACAGUCUUCAUAUACGUCUUUGUACAGAUGAUCCAAUACUUCAUAAAGAAGCGAUAGAUAUACUUCAAAAAGAGAAAAAGACGAAUCUUUCAUUGUUGACGUUAAAAGAAAUCUUUUUAAAAAAUUUAACUUCUUGUUUUGAGCCAGAUCAUGAAGUAUAUAAACAAAUAAUUAAAAAUAUAUUUAUAAAACGAUCUUUGCCGAAUAUUGAAGAAAACAUAGCUAUACUUAUAAAAAAUUUAAUAAAACAAAAGCACGUGAUGCAUGCUUUAAAUAUAAUAAGUAUGGCAGAAAAUAUACCUACAUCUUUAAGUACUUUUAGUACUCUUUUUCAGUUGCUAACAAAAAAAUAAGCCUUCUCAAUAAAUAUAAUGAAAUAUUAAUUGUAUAUAUAACACACCAAAAAUAAUAAAUAUAAAUGUUAUAUAAAA